ACUAUGCAUUUCUGGAAAUUUAUUUUGUCGUUUUUAAUUGUUAAAAUUUUUUGGAUUAAGGCAAUAAAAUUACGUGAAUUGACAGUAAAUACAUCGUCCGGUUGUGUACAAGGUUUUUAUUUGCAAUCUUUCAAUAAUGAAUUUAUUGGAUUUGAAGGAAUACCGUUUGCAGAGCCACCAAUUGGAAAUUUACGAUUUAAGGAACCAGAACCAAUUCGACCAUGGAAUUCAACUUUCAUCGCUAACAAAACUAUUGCUUGUAUUCAUUUGGAUAUGCCAACUAACGAAAUUUUGGGCCAAGAAGAUUGUCUUGUAAUAAAUAUUUACACGCCAAAAUUUAUUUACAACGAUCAACUAUUGAAUACAAUUGUUCAUAUUCAUGGCGGUUUGUGGUUAUACGAAGCUGGCUAUUAUUACAGGCCAGAUUUAUUGUUACAACAUAAUGUAGUCUACGUAACAUUUAAUUAUCGUUUGGGAGCGCUUGGAUUUCUUAGCACGGAGAAUGAAAUUGUCUCUGGCAAUAAUGGUUUAAAAGAUCAAGUUUUGGCAUUACAGUGGCUACAAAUAAAUAUCGAAAAAUUUGGAGGGAAUCCUAAAUCUAUAACGCUAACUGGUUGGUCAGCGGGCGCUGCGAGUGUAACUUUGCAUUACUUAUCUCAAAAAUCUGUGGCACUAUUCAACAGGGGGAUUGCAUUAAGUGGAACAUGUUUAAGUUCGCAAUAUUUAACUUAUAAACCGUUAGAUAAGGCUAAACAAUUAGCCGCGAGACUUGAUUGUCCAAGUGAUUGUGUUUUCAAUAUGGUCAUAUGUUUACGAAAUCGACCAGCAAAAAGAAUCGUUGAAGAGCAAACAUUGGGAAUCGAUCCAAAUUAUGCUGUAACAUUUUUUGGCGCAGUUGUUGAAAAUGCAUCGAAUCCAAAUGCAUUUUUAAUAAAAUCACCGUGGGAUAUUUUGGUACUGCAAGAUGAUAUUGUACAAGAUUUACCAUUAAUUUUUGAAAAUGUUCGCGAUGAAGGUUUAAAUCCAACUGUCACAUAUUUAACUCAACCAGAAUAUUUUGAAAAAAUUAAUACAAAUUGGACGAAUUUAGCUCCGAUAAUUUUAUGUUACAAUGAUACGAUUGAAGUAGAAAGAUGGCAAUGCUUGGCAGAGGAUAUCCGUGAUAAAUAUUUAGGUGGACAACCGAUUUCCAAUCUAAAUUAUCAAUAUUAUCAAAAGAUUUUGACUGAUCGAAUUUACUUGGUGCCAAUGCAGGAAUCGGCAACACGUUUUGCCCAAAAGUUGAAUAUUUCUGUGUAUUAUAACAUAAUGACGUAUCGUGGUGAAUUUAGCACAACGAAUGAGCUUGCUAAUAAUCGUAUUAAUUAUGGUGUUUGUCAUGGUGACGAUUUACAAUAUAUUUUACCACGCUUACUUGUUAAUCAUUCGUUUAGUUCCAAUUUUCGGGCAAUGAGUAGAAUUUUUGUUGAUAUGUGGUUACAAUUUGCCAAUGAUAGUACUGUUAAAAUUGGUAAUUUAAAAGCGCCACCAUUCAAACAAGAUUAUAAUGCAGUAUUUAAUUUUGUGGAAAUUGCUUCACCAUUUUAUCAAACUAUCAAGGUGACAGAAACAUUAGCGAAUUAUUUUGAUUUUUGUUAUGAGCAUUGA